AUGCCUGCCGAUUACAAUGGGAAAUGGGAAAUGGUAUUAAAUGAAAACUUUGAAGGUUAUAUGAUUGCUUUAGGCAUCGAUUUUGCUACCCGUAAGAUUGCAAACCAUCUAAAACAAACAAAAGAAAUUAUUCAAGAUGGAGACAAUUUCAAGACAAAAACAUUGAGCACUUUCAGAAACUAUGAAUUGAAUUAUACCAUAGGAGUGGAAUUUGAAGAGCACACCAAGGGGCUUGACAAUCGAGUUGUGAAGUCAACAGUGACUUGGGAUGGUGACAAACUUGUCUGUGUCCAGAAAGGUGAAAAAAACAAUAGAGGCUGGAAACACUGGAUUGAAGGAGACAAACUGCAUCUAGAAUUGACUUGUGAAGACCAGGUGUGCCAUCAAGCCUUCAAGAAGACAAAAUAGACUGAUGAAGCUGAUGUAGCUGCCACAUUUGUGUUGAUUUUUUUCUCUCUUUAAUGAUAACUAUAGGAAUAAAAGUUUGGUUUUUGUCAGUGAUCCAUGGUUUUGUUUGAUUAGCAAAUGAUGUAUAAAAUAAUAUUAAACACCUGCACACUUUACAAAGGAUCUUUGCCUUCCAAAUAGGAAUUAAACAAAAGUUUUGUUCUAUUUCCCAAACCUUAGCAGGUCUGGUGCAAGAAUUUUUUUAAAAGUUCAUGCUGACAAUAGUAUCUCUGUAUGUUUUCUUGUCUUCUUAAUACAUUUGUGUGGUAUCUAAGAAUAAAGUAUCACUGACUGGG